CCUACUGGCCAAAACGAGCGCGGUGGGUGGGGAGAUUUGAGAAAAAACACCCGCCCCCAUCUAACGUCGCGCAGAGCCGGGUUGUGAUUGGUCGGGGGGAAGUUUGGCGCCAGCUUUGGAGCGGGCGACGGGUAGCGGCGGGGGUCAAAGCAGUGCGGGCCGCGCUGACAGGCGGGCGGCAGCGGGUUGAGCCAUGGAUCGCGCACCGGGCGGUUCUCGCCGCCGCCGGCUCCUGCUUCUCUCCCCGGCUUCUCCCGCUUCGCCCGCCGUGGUCAAGUCUCUCUUCCCUGCCGACCUCUCGCCGGUUUCCGACCUCCGCCUCACCAUGGAGCAGCUGGGACGCGGUCAGCGUGAGAAUGCCGAGCAAGACCUGGAAAACAAGAAUACAAAUGGUUUACAAAGAACAGUGUCGUCGGAAUCCACAGACUCAGGUUGUGCUUUGGAUUCGCCGGGUCCCGCGGCCUCGGACGAUAUCAUGGAGGAAACGUUUGAGAAAGCAAUUCUUGAAUCCAGCAGGCUCAACCUGCGAAUGCCUUUCAGAAGAAUCCAUUCACUGCCACAAAGCCUCCUGGGGUCCAGCCCCGCUCUGAAGAGGAACCACUCCGACUCGCUGCACGGGGACGCUUCUCAGCUCUUGGAGCAAGAGGAGAACAAGGAGAACGAAUCGUUUGAGUUUAAGAAGCCAACCAAACCAGCUUCCCGCAGCUCCGUGCAUGUCCGUGACAAAGGUGCUCCUGGGCCACGGCACAAUUCAUCUCCAGCUCCCGUGUCUCCCAUGGGGGAGAACUCCAGGCCAGCCUUCCUGCCGCAGUGCUCUCUGCCUUCCUCCGAAAGCGAAGAUGACGAUGGGUUCCUGGAGCUGUUAGACGAGCAAGAUUUGAAGAACGACGAGGAGGUGCCAUCCGACGUGUCGAGCCUCUGGACCGCGCCGCUGGUCAUGAGGAGGACGGACAAUCGGGCCAAACGCUGCCGGCUGUUCGGCUCUUCGUCUGUGCCGAGCGCCGUGGGAAGAACCACCCAGAAGAGGAUGGAGAGGUCCCAGGAGGAGGAUUCGCCGGGGAAGAGCAAGAAGAGGAAAAGCCUGCCCGGGGUGCCCGCCGAGGAUUCAACGAGUCUGAAAAUGGUGAAGACGCAAUCCUGCACCGCAGAGAUCGAAAGCAUUUUGGACAGUGACCAGAGAGACCUGAUUGGGGACUUCUCAAAGGGUUAUUUAUUCCACACUGUCGACGGGAAACAUCAAGAUUUAAAAUAUAUCGACUCGGAAAUGAUUGUGUCUGUGCUGACGGGGAAGUUCGCGAGCUUCAUCAAGGAGUGUGUGAUCAUCGACUGCAGAUACCCGUACGAGUACGAGGGAGGACACAUCAAGGGCGCGGUGAACCUGCACAUGGAGGAGGACGUGGAGGAGUUCCUGCUCAAGAAACCCAUCCAGCCCUCGGAGAACAAACGCGUGAUCAUCGUGUUCCACUGCGAGUUUUCCUCCGAGCGGGGCCCUCGCAUGUGCCGCUUUGUGCGGGAGCGGGACCGGCUGGGUAACGAGUACCCCAACCUGCACUACCCCGAGCUCUACGUGCUGAAGGGCGGCUACAAGGACUUCUUCUCCCGGUGCCGCAGCUUCUGCGAGCCCCAGAGCUACCGCCCCAUGCACCACGAGGACUUCAAGGAAGACUUGAAACGGUUCCGCACCAAAAGCCGGACGUGGGCCGGCGAGAAGAGCAAACGGGAGCUGUACAGCCGCCUCAAGAAGCUCUGAGGGCUGAGCCGGGCUCGCGAGGACUGGCUGCGGUCCCGCUCGGGGCCCCUGCUCGCCCGGCGGCGCUGGGCCCAGGGGGACACCAGCACCCGCGUCCCGCCGGGGCGGCUCUUGGCAGCCACGCUGCUUCGUGGAAACGGCUUCUCGUCCCUGUCACACCCACAGAGCGCCCGGGGAGCGGGGACGCUGCCCUGUGCCACCGCGGGUGCGUGCUGUGAGCAGGGAGGGUGUUUUAGUGCCUGUUAUUUUUUAAAAAGCUGUAUUUUAUUUAAAUAUAGUCAAACGAAGCUAACGCCGCUGCAGUUGAAUCA